UGAAGCUCUGAGCAUAGACGGGGAGCAGGAACUUUCUCUCAAUAAUGCAUUGGCAGCAUAUUUAUUAAUUUAACAGGGAUUUCCUUUUAGCCCUUUUCAGCUUCUUUCAAGUUUGCAAGUUAGUUCUAAAAAUCACCCUAAGUGUAUUACUUUUCAGUCAACUGAGGAAUUUAAUUUUCAGCCUAUUCUGAGCUAGAAAGCUGACGUUUACUAUGUUUAGGAUGAAUUUGAAGGGCUAAGGAAGUAUCCUUUAAGAAGUCUUUAUUUUAUGCCUAGUGUUCUUGAAAGAAGCUGAAAAUUCUUGUAUCAGGUUAAAGCAUUAGGGAAACAUGGAACUGGACAUGGUAUUACCAGAGACUGCACCAUCUUCCAAAAAGAAUACUGAUAUUAUUGUUUUUCCAAGAAGAACUCCACAGUCUAAAAAAAAAACUAAAAAAGCUGUUGUUUUCUUUGAGGUGGAGAUCCUGGAUGCCAAGACCAAGGAGAAGCUGUGCUUCUUGGAUAAGGUGGAACCUAAUGCUACUGUUGGGGAGAUUAAAGCGAUGUUUCAUAAAUCUCAUCCUCAGUGGUACCCAGCUCGGCAGUCCCUCCGACUUGACCCAAAGGGAAAAUCAGUAAAGGAUGAAGAUGUUUUACAAAACCUACCGGUAGGAACAACUGCUACCCUAUAUUUCAGGGACCUUGGAGCACAGAUCAGCUGGGUGACUGUUUUCCUCACUGAGUAUGCUGGUCCGCUUCUGAUUUACUUGCUUUUCUACUUCCGAGUGCCCUUCAUUUAUGGCCCUAAGUAUGACUUCACAACAAGCAAGCACUGGGUAGUACACCUUGCAUGUAUAUGUCACUCUUUUCAUUACAUUAAACGCCUUCUGGAAACAAUAUUUGUACAUCGAUUCUCUCACGGUACAAUGCCACUUCGGAAUAUAUUUAAGAACUGCUCUUAUUAUUGGGGAUUUGCAGCCUGGAUGGCAUACUACAUCAACCACCCACUUUAUACCCCACCAGGUUAUGGAGAAGAUCAGGUGCAAAUAGCUCUUAUAAUAUUCUUGUUCUGUCAGAUUGGAAACUUCUCCAUUCAUAUUGCCCUUCGAAACCUACGUCCACCAGGGUCAAAAACAAGGAAGAUCCCAUUUCCAACCAAGAAUCCCUUCACUUGGCUUUUCUUAUUGGUAUCUUGUCCUAAUUAUACUUAUGAGGUUGGCUCCUGGAUUGGUUUCACUAUCAUGACACAGUGUCUACCAGUUGGUCUCUUCACUCUUGUUGGGUUCAUCCAAAUGACCAUAUGGGCAAAAGGCAAACAUCGCAGUUACUUGAAGGAAUUCCGUGACUACCCACCACUCAGAUCACCAAUCCUGCCCUUCAUACUAUAAAAAGUCAAUGAAUCACUAGCUGAGUUUAAGAAAGAUGGAUCAUAUUUUAACUGUUUAGAUUACCACAAAUCUGGAACUAACAGAGGUUCCUGUCCCUUUUGUCAAGCUGCCUCUGGUCACAGCCUUGUCUGUACAUGCUUAAAUACUACAUAGGGAUAACAAACACACACAUACAACUGCUUAACUGGAACUGUGAGAUUAUGUAAAACAAAUUGUUUGCCCUAAAUGUAACAGUGUGCCCAAGAUUAGCAUACUCAUAUUAUUGAAAAUUAGGAAAAAAUGAUCUAGUCUCUGCUACGUGUGCAUUAAGCAGACUGAGUCUUAAGAAAUAAUUCUCAUAAAGUUCUUUGUUCUCAGACUAGUUGGGUAGGACUUCCUUUGAGCCAGAACUUUUCUAAUUACAAGUCCUGAAGCAUCACACUGAUUUUGCUACCAUUUCUAAUGCUUAAACAGAAUGAUACCACUGUAGCUCACAGCCCACAUUUUUGACUAGCCCUCUCUAGUACACAUAACAGACCAGAAUUUGGUUUAAUAUUUCCUGUUUUGUGAGUUUCUUUUCUUUUUCUUAUUGUUUCAGUGUUUAGUGUUUACUUGUACACAAAUACCACCUCUCGUUAGGCAUUUGUCUUUGAAUUCUUUUCAUUGGGCUGUGGCUUUGUUUGCCCUCAUUGAAAAUUAUUUCCUUAAUGACAAUCCUAUCACAGGAACAAAAAUAUAUAUUGUACAAAUUAUUUUUUCAUAAUAAUGUAGUAUGAUGAAGGUCUAAGUGUGAAGUCAUACUUAGUGUGUCAGUCAUGUUCUGAAGCAAAAAUAAUUAACAAAUACUUGAAGAUGGGUAUAACCUCCUUACUAUAUGCAGUAUGGUGUAGUUUUUGAUGCAUAAAAAAUGUGUUGUUUAUUUUGUUGAUAAGGACAGUCCUCUGAUUAUUUUUAGGAUGCUGAAAAUCCCUGGCAUUACAACAUGGGAAAAAUGAACUCAUAAUGCCUUACUACGUAAGUUAAUAUAUACAAUAAUAUAUUUUCAUGCUAAGUAGAUCAGCAUUAGUUUGCUGAACACUACUGGUUUACCAUCCUUGGACAUGUAAGUGGCAAGCUAAAUUUUGUGUAGCUGAAUCUCUCUUAUGGUAGGUAGAACACUUAAGGUUCUUCAUCCCCAACCCCCCCCCCAAUAUGCAAAAAAUAGGUCAUACACUUAUUUUACAAUGAUGACCAGUCCAUGUAAUCAAAAGGCUGUCAGGGUGGGAAUAAACCGUUUUCUUAUGGACAAGUUAUCAACUGAGUCGUGCAGGUGCAACUUAACUGAAAAUUAAUAUGUGAUAAUGUAGUAGUGAAAUCAUAAUGUAUGUAGGAAGCCACCUUUCUAAAGAAGUAAAAUGUCUUUCUUACCUAGAAUGUGUUGCAUUUGUGUCAGUCUAUUACCUACCAUGACAUCAUUUUGUUGGUGUGGUUAUAGAGCACAACUGAGUAAACAGUGAAAAUAAAAAAAAUCAAACAUAAUACAGUCUUCACUUUUUGCAAAAUAGCGUGCGACUUUAACAUGAGGAGCAUAACUGGAAAUGAAAGUACUUGUAAAACAGAGAUACUUCAGAAAGUGACCAAUACACUUGUAAAUCAGAAUGGAAUAUAAAGAGACAAUCUAACCAGUUUAAAUUUGUUAUUCUGUCCUCUUCAAAGGUUCUCAGAUCAAGAUGUUCUUACCACCACAGCCUCUUGGAUUUUUGUUUUUCAUCCAAGUAUAGUAAUUAGUGGGUCUAAGACCUGACAGAGUGAUUUUACAGAACAGUGAUGCUAGAAAAUGUUGGUUAAGCAGCUUUUCUGUGGAGUAAGUGUGCAGCUGAAUUUUGCUACCAGUCCUCAUUGCAUACAACUUUAUGGAAUUAUAUUACUGGUGUACAACUUAAAACUAAUGUAUGUGUGCUCUUUUGUUUGUCAGAACAUACUAGAAGACCAUUUUUGUGGUUCUGCUGUUUAUUAUGGACAUGGUCCUGUGUCAGAAUUGUGGAGCAUCUACUUGUAACCUUAAUUUCUGUGUGUCUUGGUCAGAUUUCCACUCAUGCUUUUUAGUUUUAAGACAUUCCAUAACACUGGUUACAUCAUUCACUGUCUGAGAUGCUUAAUUAUGUAUUACAAAAUGUUCAGUAGUAUGAGAUGCUGAAGGGAAAGCUCAUAAUUUAGACACAUAGCUAACAGAAACUUAAGUUGUCUUAUCAGAUCUGUAUAACCUUCAUCCCAAUACCUUUUAAAGAUCAUGUCUGAAGUUGCAAAAGGAAAUUUUCUUUUCACACAAAAAGUGCAUGCAUCUUAAUGCAUGCAAACACUUUUCUAUGUAAAAAGAAAAGUUAAUUUUGCAACCUUUAGAGAAUUAAAAGAUUUUAAAUAUAGCUUACACACACAGAAGACUAAAAAUGUGGAGCACUAUUUACAUGAUUAAUAUUAAUGGCUGGGUGGGAGGUGUUGCUGUCACUCUGGGUGCCAGCGCUAAUUACUCUGGAUUAGCAUAGGAAAUUAAUUGUGCAUUAGUUAAGUAAUUGCCAAACUGUUAAAUUAACAGUUUAGCAAAAAUAAAUAAAUAAUAAUAAUAAUCAUUAGUUUUUGAUAGCUAUAUUUAAAACCUUAUAACUUUCUAAAGGCUGCAUAAUGAACUUUUCUUUUUACACAGCAAAGUGUUCACAUGAAUAAAAAUGACAAUAAACUGACACUGCAGUGCAGCAUAGUGGGGGUGCUGCACUCCUGAGUGUGUCUUCCUUUGAAAGAGACAUUAAACCGAUGCCCCAUCUACUGAUUUUAGUGGCAACUUCAGGUGGAUGAAAAGAUCACAAGGCACCUAUCUAAAAGAAUUGGAGAAGUUCCCUUAUGCCCUGGCCAAAUUUUCUCUAUAGUAUAAAUACCAUCUCAAGUCUCCCCUGAAUAGAAGCUACUAGCCUAGUGGGAGUCACCCAGCCAACAAAGGAUAACGAAGAAAGAAAUUUCAUUUUGCGGCUCUAGACAUGAUCUUUAAGACUCUCUUGCCUGCACAGAAACCUACAUUUGAAAGCAGAUUUCUUAACGUAAGAACCUGUAUUUUGUUCAGUCAGUGUCUUGCUUGACUGUAAGCUUCCCUUGUUUUCAAUUUAAUAUAAUAGAUUAUCUCCAGUACAUUGCUAGACUGUCCAUGUGCUUUCUUCCUUGCAUGCUGUUUUCUGGGGGGAAAAAGAUAGCUGUUACAGACUUUUAUCUUACAUAAUCAUUGGCUGCCACCUCUAUUACUGAGCCUUUGACUUGCUUAAAAUAUUUAAUGUGGCUGUUCAAAUUGUCAACUAGGAAGGAUGCAAGCACUUUCAUUUAUGCAAAGUUAGCUGGUUGCAGAAGAUUGGGUUAUAUAAGACAAAUUGCAUAAGAGGCAAGGAAUAUAAUUACCUUAUUAAAGCACACCAGGAAUAGAGUAUUUGUACGUAAGUGCAGAUGGUUCACACUUUAAUCCACUGUUUUGUGAGUGUGAAUUAUUUCCUCUCCUGUAUGAGUCAUCUGAUUUUAUUUUCUAUUUUUUACAGUCUAGUACCCUUUACAAGAAAUAACCAUUACAUAUGGGAGUUAACCCAUAAAUGAGCAUCAUUUACUCAAAAAAAUGUGGCAGGCCAGCUGCUGGAAUUGACAGGUUUUAUGUUUGUUACUUUGUGUUCUUAUGUAUACAUAUGUACAUGAAAUCCUGGUUCAAAGGAAGUUAGUUGAGACAUCUCAUAGAGGGUGACGAGAUUUGUGGAGUCGAUGUAACAAAUUUACAGAAGGAAAGAAAUGUUUUAAAAGGAAUUAUUUUUGAAUAAGCACAAGAAACAAAUCAUGUGCUGCUGGAAAGGGGCUAUUAAAUAACUGGAAUAUCGGUUUAGCAGUAUUAAGUCAAAUAUUUGUUUGCUGCUGUUCUGUAUAUGAAAAUACUAGUAUUUCUAAUGUGCAAGAGUGAUAAGGUGAAUAUAAAGGAUUGGCAACAAGUGCUAGGGAGAGGGGAUUUGUGUAAUCGUAAGGAAGAAGUGGAGGGGAACAUAUGCAAAAUUUUAUCCACAGAGAUAGACAUACGAAUCCAACUAUUAGGUCUGUACUGGAUUUUACUCAUGAACACUUAAUAUGCAGUCAGCAGGUGUCCCAUCCUUCACUUGUCAUUCCCUGUUUUCCUGUCCAGUGCAUGCUUGGCAUUACUUAACCAAUUUUAACUCUGCCACAGUUUCAGGCGAGAUGUUAAAGGUAUAUUCUUCCGGUAUUCUUUAUUUGCUUUUAACCAAAUUCAUGACAUUUUGUUUUGAUGCUUGUUAUAUCCAGUGAAGCUCUGUUCUUGUUACGUUCCCUUUGUUCAGUACUAGCAACUGUCAGGCAUACCUCACUCUGUUUCUGCUGUCUGUGAAAUAAAUUGUGCUGCUGUAGUCUCUGCACAUUUAUAUUUUUAUUAAUGCAGUCAGCAAACCUCUAGGACUCCCUUUGGUCUUUCUUUAUGCUUUUACAUGUGCAUGAUACAGAUAAUUAGCAAAAAAAGAAAAGUACUACUUUGCACAGGUACAUUAAACUUAGUUUGAGUUUAGUAUUUAAAUGUAUUUAAAUGUGAAAGAAAGGUUGGAUAAGCAAGUUCAGUGGCAGUAUAGCAAUAUUAUUCCAGUCAUGUUUGUGUAGAAUUUUGAGCAAGUUCAUGGGGCAGACCAAAAAUCAAGUGCUCAGAUGACUGCUUUCCUCAGUGCUUGAUGGACACGGUGUUACUGCUGAAGAAUUGUACCAGACUAAGCUGUAUGAGGUGAAAGUUUUGAAUGAUGAGAGACAAGGAACCACUGUAUUACCAUUGCAUGCACACACACACACGACCUUGCAUGCUAUGUGUCAUUAAAAAAAACAAAAAGUGUCACGCAUGCAUGGUGUUCUAAUUCAAAUACCAUACAUUCAGACCAGGGAAUGGGGCAGGAAGAAUGGAAUAAACAACACUGUUAUUGCUGCAGAAAAUACAAGAAUGUAGAAAAAAGCAACAUGAACAGCAUAACAUAAAUGUUUAAAACUGUUUCCCAUCUGUUAUGAAAUGAGAAGUACUAGCAGAUAAAUAAAAUUUGUUUUCUUUAA